AUGAGUUAUAUGCGACGUGUUCUGGAAUUUAAUGGUGAAGAUAAGCUUUCAUUUCCAAUUGUAAAGUUUCCGCCGUUUGCUCUGCGUGCAGCUCUUGUGGAAAAGGAUCCACUCGUAUGGCUUCAUUUCUUAGAAACAUAUGUAUCUUAUGUGCAAUAUCUUAUGGCAGAUAACAGACUGGAUAAGCUAGAUGAGUCUACAAAUGAGAAACUGGUAAUAUUCACGGGCUCUUAUUUACAUGAGAUAGCUGAUGAGGAGGGGAAACUGCUGUCACUUGGGAUGAAUGCAGAGGUGAGCAGACAAUUAGGUUUGCUAAAGUUGUGGAUGUUUGCAUUGAUUAAGAAAUGUGGGCUUUUGCAUUUACAAAUAUUUUCUGGUAUAAUGUGGGAUUUCGUGAAGAUCUAUGUGAGGGUGUAUCCUGAUACUACGAGGUCGCUCAUUGAUGGAAGUUUGAAGCCAGAGGUUAAUACUCAAAAGGCCAAUUUAAAUCGAAUUUUUCAAGUUCAACAACAUUUAAGACAGUUGAUUGAGGCUAAUAAGUUCAGUAGAACUGAUUUGAUGGCACUUGAAGAUCUUUUGAGUGCAGAUGGUCGUUUGCGGUUUAGCUUUGCGGACAAAUUUCUGAGUAAGCAGUGGGCUGAGAUGUUAGAAUCGCUUUAUGGCAAAGGUCCAGAUGGAUAUUUAGCGGAUUGGGGAAAGAGAUUGGGAAUCUUGACUUAUCUUUCAGUUUCAGAGGACCGGUUAUCAGAGUUUUUUAAGCAAUUGGGAAUUGACAGUUUUGAAAAGCUUUCUCUCUAUCCGUUGUUUGGUUCUUUGCUGGUAUCUGACAAUUUUAAGAAACGGUUACCUGGAAUCUAUAACAGAAUACCCUUUCUAAAGCUCAUUGACAGUUGUAACGGUUAUGAGGGACCAACACAAGACAAUCCAGUUGCUGCAGAAGAAAUAAAGCAAGCUGAUUUAGAUACUGCUAGUGAAUUGUUCCCUCACCUAACACAGUAUCAGAUAAAACAACUAUUAUUACGCAAUGGGAAUAAUUUAGAGGUUGUCAUAAAUAUGUUGUUUGAAAAUCCACAAUUAGCAGACGAUAUUCAAUUGGAGGAACCCAAUCCUAUUAAACAGCAAAACAGGCUGGUGUCCACCAUAAUUUCUACAAAGUAUAAGUCGGAAUUAAAACCGAGUGAUAGGAUAUUGAAGGUGAAGCAAGAACAUGAAAUGCAAGUGCCGGACGAGGUUCGUAAUCGUACUCUCACUCGAGCUCUUGAAUUGCUAUACUCAGAUGAUGGGGAUGAACGAGAUGAUACAUAUGAUGAUGCAGAGGUUUUAAGGGCUUCCGCUGACCGUGUAGAUCUGGAUAAGAAAGAAGAGAGUGUCCUAAAUUAUGACCGGAUAGAGGCCUUUCUUUGGGACAUGUUAAUACAGGAUAAAUUACUUUUUACUAGGCAGCAGAGGGGUUCAGCUAAAAGAAAGGCUAUGAAGAAAGAAACUUCAUGGUCUGAUGAGCAAAUAGAAGGUUGGGCACGUAUGUUAGAGCGAAGCCCGCUGCGUGUUCAAGUAUUGGAAGAGAAGUAUAUGUUUAGGGGCAAUGUACGAGCGGGGAAGAAGUCUUACAUAAAGAACGAAGAAACGAAGCCACCCCCAAAAUUUCCACCGAAUAGAGUUGCCGUCUCUGGAAGGAAUUCAAACGAAUCAAAAACCCACUCCAAUCAACAACAAAAUCAAUCUUCUAAAGGCUCUAAAAGAUCUCGUAUUGCAAAUCACAACAGAAAAGCUGCUCGUGGUAAGAAAUUCAGCCAUGCAGAUGCUCCUUAA